AUGCCUAGCUUUUCCAACUUCUCAUGGCGCAUAACGACGCUCAUCGUUGCCGGCAUUGUAGCUGCCACCGUCCAGUCCUCACCCAGCAGACCUUAUUUCCUAGCGAGGAAGGAUAGUCCUCUUGAUCAAGCUGUGCUUCAGCCCGCUUCUCCCAUCAAACAAGAUCACACCGGAGCUGCCAGAGGCUACGCUCCAUUCCUUCCUGGUGACUUCACCUAUCCCGUUUACCGUAACGUGAAGUCGUACAACGCAGUCGGGGACGGCAACGCAGAUGACACUCAGAACUUGCAAAACGCUAUCAACAAUGACGGGAACGGCGGGAGUCGCUACAACGACGAAUUGGACCUGCGACUGCAUACCAUCCUCGUCGGAGACCCCAACAAUAUGCCGACGUUCGAAGCAUCGUCCGAUUUCAAUGGAGGCACUGUAGUGAACGGUUACGGCUAUGCGACUCAUGACUCGUCAGGGACCACAGCCUUCUUCAUUGCAAUGAAGAACAUCAUCAUUGACACCACGAGUGUUGCACCUGAUACUACUGUUCUUGCUCUGCAAUGGGGAGUUGCUCAAGCGUGCCAGCUUACCAAUAUCAAAAUCAACAUGCCGACCGACUCCAAAGGUCAUAUUGGUAUUGCAUUGGACCAAGGUUCCACCACGGCUGUUACGGAUGUUACUAUCGUUGGAGGCGCCGUGGGUAUCCGCAAUUCGGACCAGCAAGUCAAUUUCAAAUCCAUCUCCUUCUCAAAGUGCACCACGGGGAUUUCCGUCACGGGCGGAUUUGUCGCAGUCAUUCAGCAUGCCAAAUUUGACACCUGCGGCCUUGGUAUAGAUGGCGGUAGUGGGGGACCACCAGGCUCAAUUAUUAUCCUCGACUCAACAUCGACGAAUUCGGGCCCGGUGAUCAAAUAUCAUGAUUCGUCCAACGAUGGUCGCGAUCGCAAUAACCAGAUCGUUAUUGAGAACCCGUCUCAUGACGGUGGCAACCCGAUUGCUGUAGAUUCAAAGGGUGAUACGAAAUUAGGCGGCGACCAGACGGUGGCUCCAACCUCUUUCUCUACGGUGCGGCGUUCUGGACCUUCUUCCACGGCGAGGUCAGCACGUGCUACGACUGCGCCGCCACGAUCUGUGGAGCGGACUGCAUCACGAAUCAAGCGAGGGUGA